AUGGCAUCCCAAGGCCAGGUCAUUUUCUGGAGUAUGACUACAGUCAUCAUCAUCCUGGCUGCAGGGAUUACCCUGAUCAUCGGGUUUGGUGUCUCAGGAAAACGCUCCAUCGGCGUGACAGCGCUGACAUCUCUGGGGAACAUCGGCCAGCGCAGCGUCUUGGGCUGCACGUUUGAACCUGACAUCCAGAUGGGCAGCAUAGUGAUCCAGUGGUCCAAGGUGGGAGUUGCCAGGCUGGUUCAUGAGUUUAAAGGUGGGAAUGACCACCUGGAAGAGCAAGAUGCAUCAUUUCAGGGCCGCACAGCCGUGUUUGCAGACCAGGUGAUCGGUGGCAACGCUUCCCUGGAGCUGAGGGACGUGCAGCUCUCGGAUGCUGGCACCUACCAGUGCUCUGUCACCACACGCAGAGGCAGCGGAGCAGCAGUGCUACGGUACAGGACAGGAGCCUUCAGCACAGCCGAGGUGCGGGUGGAGAGCAGCGGCAGCGGCGGCAGCAGCAGUGGGGACACGCUGCAGUGUGAGGCACCGCGCUGGUUCCCUCGGCCCACUGUGCACUGGACAGUCCACAGCGAUGCCGGGCAGUGCCUGCCUCGCAUGGGCAGCACCAGCUAUGAGCUCAACGCCGAGAACCUCACGCUGAGAGUGGUGUCCGUCCUGCACAACAUCACUGCUAACGCCACCUACACCUGUGUGAUUGAAAACAGCAUUGCCAGGGCCAUGGGGAACAUCACAGUGACAGCCUCUCAUUAGUCUUCUGCUACAGAUUUCAGCAUUACAAGGGAGACUGACUUGCAGCUGGUGAACCUGAAUGCUGAGGCAGCAUCCUCCUCCCUUCCAGCCUGUCACUGGAUGCUUCUGCUUCCUCUGUAUCUGCUGUCAAUGUAA